UGAGAGAGAGGAGAGGCACAGGGGGAUCGGUCUGUGAGCCCAGCUCAACGACAGAGCGAGAGGUUGAAAAGAGUGUGGAGAGGAAAAUAGUCACGGUCCUUAUUCUCUGUCGGGCGUGGAGAAAAGAGACAAGGAAUAUACACACAUUCCUUUUGAGAGAGAGUGAAGGAAGGAGUGAUAGAAGAGAGAAGAGGACUAGAUAGAUCUACUACAUCGAAGAACGAGCUAUUCAGUGGACGUUGGCGGCUUUGCUGUCACAGGAAAGAGAGGAGGGGAGGGGGGAACAAGGGAUCAUGCUGGUCACGGCGGGACGGUGGAGUGUGUGUGCGAGGGUGUAUCGUGGCGUCUGCAUCGUGCUGAAGGAGUGUGUUUGAGGAAGAGAAUUCCGGCGAUUCAGUGCCAUGCUAUGGACUAGGAGCCAGCUGGAGUCUUGCUGAAGACAUGGCCCAGGCUAAAGGGCGGAAUGAUGGCGCCCUGUCAUCCAAUGAGAACACUCGGUCGCUGUCGUCGGGCGAGGUUGAGGGCGUGGCGUGGCAGGGCCCUCGUACGGUGCUCCUGCAGAAGAACUCCCAGGGCUUCGGCUUCACGCUGCGCCACUUCAUUGUGUACCCGCCAGAGUCCUCCCUCCACAAUAACCUCAAGGACGAGGAGAAUGGAAACGGCAAUGGAAAAGGUUGUCAAAGGGGUCGUCUGGAGCCCAUGGACACCAUCUUUGUAAAGAGUGUGAGGGAGAAAAGCCCCGCCCACCAAGCUGGCCUGUGUACAGGGGACAGACUGGUAAAGGUGAAUGGGGAAAGUGUAUUAGGGAAGACCUACUCUCAGGUGAUCGCGUUGAUCCAGAACAGCGAGAAUGUUCUGGAGCUCUGCAUCAUGCCAAAAGAUGAGGAUGUGUUGCAGUUGGUAAGUGCGUACUCUCAGGAUGCCUACCUGAGAGGAAAUGAGCCAUACACGGGAGGGGCGCAGCAUAUCCCCGACCCUCCCCCACUCUGCUACCCCCGUGCCAAGCCCACUUCCACGGCCCCUCUGCCACCCAACCACCAAAGCCCCCUGGACAACUGGCACUGCCGCCCCAGCCCUGUUAACCAGGCAUCCCCCUUGGACAACCGCUCUGCCGCGGUUAACGUAACUCAGACCUCCGGCAGGCCCAGGGGUCCGGGAGAAAACGAGGAGGAUGGCGGAGGCCAUUUUGGCUCCUCGGCAGGACAAGAGGGAGAUUGGCUGCCAUCUUUGGGGCAGAACCGCGGGCGCUCGUCUUCGGCCGUCAGCGCACUGGAUUUCCACUUUGCCAACCACAACGCCGCCAUCGCCUCUGCAACCCUGCCCCACAUGCCCGCCCGGAAGGGAAGUUUACCGGCUACGCGUGCCCACAGCGACGCCAUGUGCCACCAGGCGCUGUCGGACUGGUACUACAGCCAGGCAGAGGCGGCCGAGCGCAUGUCCCCUCGACACCGGAGCAUAUCCCAGGAUCGGUUAGCCGAGCUGGGGUUGGGCUUAGCGCUGGGACCUGGUGGCGCUGGAGGUCCUGGGUCUAACUCUAUGUCCUCCAUCGCUCACAGAGACCACGGCGUUUCCCAAGAAACUCUGAUGCUCCACCACCAGGCAGCAGCCGCCUCCCACGAUUCCUAUUGGCUGGGAGGCUGGGGGGGAGUGUCCGGGCCAGGGAGCCGUUCGUGCUCCGAAAGCCUGCUGGCGGCGUACGCAUCGUACGAACGCAACUACGGGCGCUCACAGGAGACGCUAGCCCAGGCGGCUGCGCUGGUGUCGCCGCACUGCGAGAGAGCCCCCGCCUGGCCGUCGCAGGGUGCCAAGGAGCAGGACAAGGACUUGGGAAACCACCACACGGUUACAGCCACAACUGCAGCCACACUGGCCACAGCCCCCUCCGUUGGUCGGCAGACCCAGCAGCAGCAGGUGGCUGAGCCCCAGACCCAGAGCAGGAGGUUGGAGGAAGAGGAGCUGGUGGGUUACAAGAGCUACAGCCCCUCCUUCUGCCGCAAGGCCAGCCACCUCCUCCAACAAGCCCACUCCUUCAGAGAACCCACCUACAUCGGACCCCACCUCAACUGGGCACCCAGUGCCAAAACCAGCCCCUCAGACUGCGAGGGAGGCUGGAUAGGAGGGGGGGUGGUAGUUCCUCGUCCUUCCUCCACCCCGGCCGUCAUCCCUUCUUCGUCGGAGGAUGAGAGAGUGCUGGGGGAGGAUAGGGGGGAGUCGAGGGAGACGGUGUCUCCUCUCCCUCCGGGCCAGGAGGUGGUGCUGAGGCAGAAGCCCCCUAUGGGGCGUCGGACCCCUGUGCAGGCCCUCCGUCACCCCCUCUACGCCCUCCCAGUGGAUUCGGCCGAGCCCCCCGUCGGGCUGCUGCCCUCCCCAAACAACCCCACUGCAGGGACACCCUCGCCCGUCUCUGGGGGUACCAGAAUGGGGGACAGUCUAAGGAGGCCCAACGGUAGCCUGCAACCCCACCACAGCACACCCGACUCCCUGGCCUCCAUUCCCUUUAUAGGCAGUAUCAAAAGCCGCCGUUCCUCCUACCUGCUGGCCAUUACCACGGAGCGCUCCAAGUCAUGUGACGAGGGCCUCAACACCUUCCGGGAGGAAGGCCGUGUCUUCUCGAGACUACCAAAAAGGGUCAAGAGCUUUUUCACUGAUGGGUCUCUGGAGAGUCUACGUGCUGCAGAGGAGGCGCGGUCGAAACGUCACUCCACCUCCGAGCUGGGGACCAUCACCUUCAGUGACGUACGCAAGGACGGCUGGCUUCACUACAAACAGAUCCUCACGGAGAAGGGAAAAAAGGUGGGCGGCGGCAUGCGUCCGUGGAAGCACGUCUUCUCCGUGCUGCGCUCCCACUGCCUUUUGCUCUACAAAGACAAGCGGGAGGCGGUCCUCCACGGGGCGGGGGCGGGACCUGGCCACGGGGAGGACGAGCACCCUCCAAUCAGCAUCCGCGGCUGCCUGAUUGACAUUGCCUAUAGCGAAACCAAGCGUAAGCACACUCUGAGGCUGACCACUCAAGACUUCUGUGAGUACCUGUUGCAGGCGGAGGACAGGGAUGACAUGCUGGGCUGGAUCCGGGUCAUCAGAGAGAACAGCAAGACAGACAACGAGGAGCUGGGUUUUUCCAGACAAGCGCUCAUCAGCAAGAAGCUCAAUGACUACAGGAAACAAACUACAACAGGCAAUAAACCAGACACCUCUCCCAGGGCCCAUCGCAUGAUGCCCCCCUUCCUCCUGGCCAAGACAGACAACGCUUUCAUGAACCGCUCCUCCAGCAAGGAUGAGAGCAAGGGUCCAUGGGGUAUCAUCAUGAAGAAAGCAAAGAAGACAGGCCCCAAGGUGUUUGGAGUGCGACUUGAGGACUGUCAACCUGCUGUUAACAACAAGUUUGUCCCUCUGAUUGUGGAGCUGUGCUGUGGGCUGGUGGAGAGCAUGGGUCUGGAGUACACUGGCGUCUACAGGGUGCCGGGCAACAAUGCCAUGGUGUCCAACCUGCAGGAGCAGCUCAACAGGGGCCUGGAGAUCAACAUUACUGAGGAGAGGUGGCAGGACCUGAAUGUGAUCAGCAGUCUCCUCAAGUCCUUCUUUAGGAAACUCCCAGAACCCCUGUUCACUGAUGACAAGUAUAAUGACUUUAUUGAUGCCAACCGGCUAGAGGACUCAGGGAACAGGCUGAAGAGCAUGAAGAAACUGAUCCAUGAUCUUCCAGACCACUAUCACCACACUCUAAAGUUCCUGGUCUGUCAUCUGAAGACAGUGGCGGAUCACGCCGACAAGAACAAGAUGGAGCCCAGGAACCUGGCUCUAGUGUUUGGUCCCACUCUGGUGCGUACCUCAGAGGACAACAUGACCGACAUGGUCACCCACAUGCCCGACCGCUACAAGAUCAUCGAGACGCUCAUCCUGCAUCACGACUGGUUCUUCAGUGAUGGAGAGGUGGAUAAUGAUGAAAAGGCACCUGUGGAUAUUAAGAGGGAUAUGCAACCGGUCCCCAACAUCGAUCACCUGCUCUCCAACAUCGGGAGAACAGGGCUGCCUGGAAGUGAGGCUUCAGAUUCCACCACCAGCGACUCAACUAAGGAUAAGUGCACAUGGGGUUCCAAGAAGGACCUGAGUGCCAGGGACUUCCUCCCGUUGUCAAUCAUCUCCGCAGUCACCCGGAAACGCAAGAUACGCCCCAUCUCCCGCCCCCUGAGCAGCAGCACCGACGAAGACUCCGAACAUGAGCCAAUCAAAGCCAGCCACUACCGGGUAGGGGGAGGAGCCAAGGAAGAUGAGGAGGAUGGGGUUGGAAAAGGAUGCGCCCCUAAUGGAACUGAGGAAGUGGAGGAAAAGGGAGAAGAGGAGUGUAGGAAGAGGAUAAAGGCAAAACAGCAGUCUGACAGAGGAAGAGAGAAGGAGGGAGAAGGGAAGAAAGAAGGGAGUGCAUGGGCAAAAGAUAAAGGGAUGGCAUCCCCCAAACGUCAUCCUAACAGCUUCCUCUACACACACUACCAACCCACCACCACCAGCCCUAGCCCCCCAGUAGAGCCCUCAGUCUCCCCACAUUCGAAGCUCCCCGGCCUGGCCCGAGGACGCUCCGCUGUCCCCUCCUGGCUCUCCCCCUCCAGACAGCCCGCCUCUAUCCAACCUUAUAACACCCAGAAAACACAACAGCCCCAGUUGGAACAGCAGCCACUGCCAGUGCAAUAUAGGAAGACAAGGGGAGGAAGGGCAAGGCCCCAGUCAAUGAAUUUGGAUAUGGUGAUGGGUAAGGGGGAGGGCGAGGGGGGAGUUGGGAGACAGGGAGAUAGCGUGAAGGUGGUAAGAGCCACAACAGAAGUGCAACGUCACUGCAGCAGUUCAGUUGGUGUUCCUCAGGGGUGUGUUGACGCAUUCCUCAAAGUUCAAAGGAGUUCACACCUAGCCUCUGCUCUAGCCCCAUCUCCAGUCUCUUUCUCUCCCCCUCUCCCUUCCUCCUCCUUUUCCCCUUCAUGGACAGAUCAGGGCUCCCUUGGUUCUACUGUUGUCAAGCGGAGGUCGGCCCUGGAGCCUCGAGACAAGCGGAAAGCCUGGCGCCGCCACACGGUUGUGGUCUAACUUCGCUAAGGAAACUUCAUAGUGUUCAGUUAGUGAUUCAUUGUAGAUGCCCACUCGAAAGUACUGCCCUUUACACACAUAUUACACAAACACACUCUCCAUUGCGAGUAUCGACAGGUUCAAAGCGUAAUGCCAUACAUAAGCAGUCUCAAGGGUCAUAGUCUAAGGCCGGGAUUUAAUCCGAUUGCGGGUUAUAGGCAUUGAAGCUUUUAAAGGCAGUUUCCAGGGCCUCCUGAGUAGCUCAGUGGUCUAAGGCCCUGCAUCGCAGUGCUAGUUGUGCCACUAGAGAUCCUGGUUUGAGUACAGGCUCUGUUGCAGCCGGACGCGACUGGGAGAGCAAUGUGGAAGCGCACAAUUGGCCCUGCUUCGUCCGGGUUAGGGGAGGAUGUGGCCGGCAGGGAUGUUCUUAUCUCAUCGUGCUCGGUUGCCAGGUGUACAGUGUUUCCUCCAACACAUUGGUGCGGCUGGCUUC